AUGGCAAAUAGUUUACCCGAAAUUUGUUCAUAGGAGAAUUUGAAUAGCUAUACUAAUCUGAUUCAUGACGAUGAUCAUGAUCACGUAAGAGGGUAUCAUAGAGCUGGUAUCAAGAGAACCCUUAGUUUAGAGAAUCACCAUGAAAGAGAUAGAUUUAAUAACUAUUUAGAAUAUUUACUAACUAUUUUAGGGUAUGCAGCAGGAUUUGGUAGCGUUUGGAGAUUUCCCUAUUUGGUUUAUAAAAACGGAGGAGGAGUCUUCUUAAUACCCUAUUUGAUUAUGCUUUUUUUAAUAGGUAUACCCUCCUUCUACUUUGAAACUGCUCUUGGUUAGAUGCUUUAAAAAAGCCCACCUCAAUGCUUUGAAAAAACCCAUAAGAAGUUCAAGGGAUUAGGUAUUUUUCCAUUGCUAACUACAUUCAGUAUGUCUACUUAUUAUAAUUUAAUACUUGGAUAUUCCUUUUAUUUUCUUUACGAGAGUUUCACAUCGCCUUUACCUUGGACAGCUCCAAAAGACUCCCCAGUGCCAUGGAAUUCAGAUUACUUUUACAAAGAAGUUCUUUAAUUUUCAAGCAGUAUCAGUGAAAUAGGUCACAUCAUCUGGCCACUUCUAUUCUGUUAUAUUCUUUCAUAAGUUAUAGUAUAUCUUUGUAUAUAGAAAGGAGUUGCAGUUUCAGGUAGAGUAGCAAUGAUUACAGCUACCUCACCAUAUAUCUUAUUGUUUUUGCUUUUAAUUAGAGGCAUGUUUCUUCCUGGAUCUUGGUAGGGAAUCAAGUGGCUCUUUAUGCCUGAUUGGUCUAAAUUAUCUUAAUUAAGAGUUUGGGUUGAUGCCACAAAUUAAGCCAUAUUUUAAGUAAGUACAGGAGGUGGAGUUUUAGUUUUAUUUGGUAGUUACAGACCAAUUUCUUAAGAAAUAAAAAGAUCUGCCUAUUUAAUUCCUUUAUUCACAGUUUUAUGUGGAUUUCUUGCCUCCAUGGCUAUAUUUAGUUUCAUGGGAUAUAUGUCUCAUAUAACAAACAUUCCAAUAGAUCAAAUUCCUUUAAGAGGACCUGAUCUUGCCUUCAUAGUCUUUCCAGCAGUACUAACAAAAAUGCCUUUUUCUAAUUUAUUAGCAAUUGUCUUUUUCAUCACUAUGAUAUUUUUAGGAAUUGAUACUCAGUUUGCAUUUAUGGAUGGAUUAGCUGGAACUCUAGAGGAUGAGUUAAACGGUGAUGGUAUAGUUAUUUUAUCUCACAGAAUUCCAAUGAAAUGGGUUAGAGCUCUUGUUUGUGGUGCUGUAUCCUUAUUUGGAUUUUUAUAUUGUACCUAAGCUGGAUUUUAUUUCUUAGAUUUAGUUGACACUUAUGGAGUGGGUUUUAAUUUAUUUAUGGGAUUAUUUAUUGAAGUUUUCUUUUUCACUUGGAUAGAAAAAUGGGAUGUUAUUGAAGAAAAAGUUAAAUUGUAUAUUUAAGAUCCCACGCCAUAAAUUUUUAUAUUCCUCUUGCACUAUUCUGUACCAUUCUUUACAGCAGCUAUGGGAUUGCUAUCUCUGUAUUUAUAAAUAACAAGAAUAUUUGAUUAAACUUGGUGGUGUACUCUCUUAGGAUGGACAAUAACUCUUUAUCCAUAUUAUAUAGUUUAUUAUUUUUAUAGCAGAUAUAAAGGCAUUCCUUACGAACAAGACGAAGUGAAAUCUCCAAUUAUUAAUUAAAACAUGGUUUCAACAAAAGCUUUACUUUAAGAAAUGCAUGAAGUUUGA